AUGCCCAACGGAUGCUGCGGCGGCAGUAGCGGCAACAACUGCUACACCGUGUGCUGCUACAGCAGCCCCAAGUGCUGCAAGAGGCCCAUGUGCUGCAGCUCCAUGCAGUGCUGCAGCCCCUGCUGCAGCCCCUGCUGCAUGCCCAUGCAGUCCUGCUGCAUGCCCAUGACCUGCUGCUACACCAUGAGCAACAACAACAACAACAGCAGCUGCUGCGGCUGCGGCAACUGA